AUGGUGUUGGCAGCAGAAGAGGCGCCGCGUGGUCUUCUAGAAGCUAUGGCGGCGGCUGGGACUGUCAUCGUGCCAACUGCUCUAAUUCUUUCCAUCAACCUUCUUUUCUUUGCUUUGGUAAACUCUCAAAAUGUUGUCAAUAAUUUAAAAGGUUAUUGUGCAACAAAUUCCAAAAACCAUGUUGUUAUUCGUCCCGGAGAUGUUGUCCCUAAUGGUCUUGGUCAAUCUGGUACAUGCAAUCCGCUGAAUCUCGGUGUGUAUCUUGUUGUAUUGGGUUUGGUGAAUGUUGAGCUUGGUGAUGUGCCUAUAAAACCAUGUUGUAGCCUAAUACAAGGUUUGGCUGAUCUUGAAGCUGCAGUUUGCCUUUGCACUACGGUCAAAGCAAGAGUCUUAGGCAUUAACAUCAACCUUCCUAUAUCAUUGAGCCUUGUUUUCAGUACAUUUGCAGCCUUCAAUAGUGCUAUUUUACAAUGUUUCAUUUUAUUGUGUGUUGAGCUUGCAAUUGUUUAUUUGUUGUAUUUUAUAAUUCCUUCUCCACUAGGUCUUUGUACCGUUGCUCACUGA